CCGGGAGAGAGAGGGAUCACCGGGAGAGAGAGGGAUCACCAGGAGAGAGGGAUCACCAGGAGAACCAUCACCAGGAAAGGGAUCACCAGGAGAACCAUCACAAGGAGAACCAUCACCAGGAGAACCAUUACCAGGAGAGGGAUCACCAGGAGAACCGUCACCAGGAGAAGGAUCACCAGGAGAGGGAUCACCAGGAGAGGGAUCACCAGGAGAGGGAUUACCAGGAGAAGGAUCACCAGGAGAGGGAUCACCAGGAGAACCAUCACCAGGAGAACCAUCACCAGGAGUGUCACAAUCCCUCCACUGUACCAUGUCUCAUCACUUUGGGGUUCUUUUUGCGCUCCUGUCCCUCAUUUUGGGGGGUCAUCUAUUGGAAUCGUCUUUUGAUGUGGCAGAUCUUAAACAACCACAAUGCAGAAUAGCUGGUGUGACGCUGGUGCAGAAACAAGACAAAUCGACGAUAUUCAACUACACAAUGGCAGAAAGUGCGUGCCAGGCUCUGGGGCUCCAGCUCGCCAACAAGGAGCAGAUGGAGAAGGCCAGGGGGUACGGAUACGAGACGUGCAGCUUUGGAUGGGUUUCAGACAAAGUUGGAGCAAUUCCAAGAAUACAACACAAUGAAAAAUGUGGCAAUAACAAAACCGGGGUCCUUACCUGGACUGUCAACCUCAGCAGGACCUUUGCGGGUGCCUAUUGCUUCAAUGUCUCUGAUGUCCGGAUCAAUUCCUGUAAGCCCGGACUCAUGGUAACAGAACCACCGAGCACCGUGUUGAUGCCAACAUCUGGAUCCACCACAGCAUCAGCCACGACCAGCCUGAAAACAGAAACUCAGACGGACACGACUCUGAUGUCCACGGCACGUGUGAGGACAACUCCCGAUGCCUCCACAACAUCACUAUACACAACUUUAAUGACUACAACGACUAAAGCGAGGAAACCACAGACCACCACUCUACAGGCAACCACCCUACAGACCACCACCCUACAGACCACACCACCAGAGGACACCGAACCACCCACCAAGCAGGAGAACCAGAUGGCUCAAAAAACUGAGAGAAUAAUUUUCGGAGGGUUACCGACGACACUGCUCAUACUGGCGCUGGUGUUCUUCGUAGCGGCGGUGGGCCUUGCUGUUUGCUACAUCAAAAAAUACAAAACACAUUUACUCUUCACCACAAAGAAACAUCAGAAAGAGUCAGUGGAGACCAAGGUGUUUAAAGACACGUCGGGCGCCGAAAACACGAGCGGGGAAGAGCGAUAUACCAAUCUGCACGGCGCUGAGAGCCCACAUUAUAUUCCAGGAAACUCCAUCGAGGCAGAGGUGUAACGUCAGGCGGUCUGGGCACAGUGAUGAACUGCGUAUAGACUGGGCACUGUGCCCGAUGUGUCAUGUGACCGCUCCGUGUCACUGCUGAAGAAAACAAAACGGGAACCAAUAAAUGAUUUUUGAUGCCCGAAUAAUCGGAUCUAAAGCGCAGCAGAGAACAUCAGACGGAGGAGCAGGGGAUGGGAUCGGAGGACGGCGGAUGAGCCCUCAAUAAAUAAAUUAUUUUGUCAAUAUUGAAAGUGACCGGCGCUGGAUUAUACCGUAUUUUACUUCUGAUGUCACUUCCUGUCGUCAUUGUGUUACUAGGACAAAUCCCUGAUUCUAAAUACGUCAGUCUAUUGAUUCCUUAUUGCUAAUCUGUAACAAUUAGUGAUAAUAAACUGUUCUUAAAUAAUGAAGAUAUGACUGAAAUGAUGGCCAAUGACCUAGUCCUCCUCACACAGCUGAGGGUUUGAAGCUGUACAAUACAAGCCUCUGUGAGCAAAGGUCUUCCUCAUGUCCUGGAUUCCAGAGUUAUAACUCCUAACUACACUAAAA